AUGGCGUCGAUCUUUUGGCCGUCGCAGCUAAAUGGGGAGAAUAACAAGAAAAUGCGGGGAAAAUCAGUAUCGGUAAAGCUCAUUUUUGUACUAUGCAUUGCAAGCUUUCUCUCGGGAUCACUUUUUACGUCGCAGACUAGGUCAUCGCGACUUUCAGAUCAUCAUGUCAUCUCUACCAUUAACCCCGCUCAUUUGAAAAAUAUCGAAAAGUCUACACAAGAGUGUGAUAACAAGAAAAGAAAACUGGUUGAAAAAAAUUCGGUAGAUGUAAUGGAGGAAGUGAUCAAGACCCACGAUGCCGUCCAAUCACUUGACAAAACUAUGUCAACAUUGGAGAUGGAACUGGCUGCAUCUCGGGCAAGCCAAAUGGGUGGACAAAGAGCUUCAAAUCAUAGUCGUCUGCAGAAGGCCUUCGUCGUUAUAGGAAUUAAUACCGCUUUCAGUAGCAGGAAACGAAGAGACUCUCUUCGAGAAACAUGGAUGCCUAAAGGAGAUAAAUUAGAAAAAUUGGAGAAAGAGAAAGGAAUUGUGAUACGAUUUGUGAUAGGACACAGCUCAAAACCAGGGGGAGUUCUUGAUAGAGCGAUCGACGCAGAAAAUGCCGAACAUGGAGAUUUCUUUCGACUCAACCAUGUUGAAGGCUACCACGAGCUUUCUACCAAAACUCGAUUGUAUUUCUCAACGGCUGUCUCAAUCUGGGACGCGGAAUUCUACGUUAAGGUGGACGAUGAUGUCCAUCUAAAUUUGGGUACGCUGGUGAGCACGCUUUCUAAGUACAGCACAAAACCCCGGAUUUACAUUGGAUGCAUGAAGUCCGGACCAGUUCUCGCUCAGAAAGGAGUUAGGUAUCAUGAGCCAGAGUACUGGAAAUUCGGGGAAGAAGGGAACAAAUACUUCAGGCAUGCAACGGGCCAAAUUUAUGCAAUUUCGAAGGAUCUAGCCACUUAUAUAUCAGUCAACUCGGGCAUCCUGCACAGAUAUGCGAAUGAGGAUGUUUCGAUGGGUUCGUGGUUCAUUGGCUUGGAAGUACAACACGUGGAUGAACGGUCCAUGUGUUGUGGAACCCCUCCGGAUUGUGAAUGGAAGAAGCAAUCGGGGAACAUGUGCGUGGCAUCAUUUGAUUGGCCGUGCAGUGGAAUAUGCAAAUCAGUUGAGAGGAUGAAAGCCGUGCACAAUGCGUGUAGAGAAAAAGAGGGAGCUUUGUGGGAUAAUAAUUUGCAUCUUUAA